CAGAAUUUGCAAUGGCAAAACUUUUGAUUGCUGCUGCCUUUAUGGCAAUUGUUGCUGCGGCUUAUGCCGGUGAUUGCUGUACCGGAGUGGAUAGGAAGACGGUACUUAGACAGUGGGAGUCUGUCUGGACAGCCCAGUACGAUAGCAACAAAGCCGAUAUUGCAAAGGAAAUCUUCGCAAAAUUCUUCGUCAAACAGCCAGGGGCCAAGUCUCUCUUCGCGAGAGUUAAAGUUGAUAAUCCAGAGAGCGCAGAGUUUUCUGCUCAUGCCAUUAGAAUCUUGAACGGACUUGACAUCAGCCUCAACUUGUUGACCGACCCACAGACCCUCAAUGAGCAACUCGCUCACCUCAGUGCCCAGCACGUGGCACGCAUCAGUGGAGGAUUCGAGCCACGUUAUUUUGAUGAAUUCCAAGGCCCACUCUUGGAGACCUUGAAUGAAGUGACAUCUGGAUUCGACGAACACGCCUGGGAGGCAUGUUAUGGCAAGAUUGCCACAGGACUCAAAGUCAAAUUCUAAACAUUUAAUUUAACAAUACCCCUUUGAAUUAUUGACAUUGAUUGAACAUUUCGAUUCUGACAUUAAUAAGUUUAUAUCCAGAACGAUGUCAUUGCGAGAUUCCAAGAAAGUUCAAAAUCAGAGAAAACAUAAUCCUAUGUAGUGGGUGCUGAUUCUGAUGUUCAU